AUGCCGUUCCCCACACCCGAUGCCGUGCCCGCCGAAGACUGUAGCACGGAGGCGACUCUUGCAAAAUUUUAUAUGGAUACAUUAUGGGGACUCGAUGUGGUUGAUGAACAGACAGCUGCGCGAUUUCUAUAUAUACUUCGACGACGUCCCCUUCCUACAUACUGGCCCCAGGAUAUGGAGACUGAAGAAGGCUUUGAUCAAACGGUUUCUCAUUUUCGUCUCGUUCCUUUGCUUCGAGUCGUGCACGAGCGCAAGGUUUAUGCCUGGCUAGGAACUGAAAUCUUGACACCUACCCUCCAAGAUUAUCUCUUUCCAAAUCUCUCCAAUGUUCUCUCUAUCGUGCGACCACCGGUCGUUGGGGUUGGACCCGAUCAAAACAACAGUACGGCGCAAUUUCAACCGAGGUUACUUGAACCAGAUGCACUACCCGCAAGCAGUGAGAUCUUUACCGAUUUACCUACCAUUAUUAGAGUGGAACUCGAACAAAUCGUUCGCGAAUCCGGCCUGCAACAUUCGAAGAUUUCUCGACAAGCUGCAGAAUUUUCUGACGGUCUCUUGGUGUACACUGAGGACUCGUUUGCAAUCUGUAUGCCCCGCGCAUCCGAUUUAUCCUCGACGCUUCCCGAGCCAACGGUUUCUUUCGAAAUUCUGCUCACUGGCAAACCUCGACAAGGUGGAAGUGGACACGUGUAUCGCACUGCUACACGAUAUGUUCUCAAGCUCGCAAAUGGAACCCAGGCAUCAAAACAGAUGCUUCUCGAUGAGUUGAAGUGGUACGACGUACUCGCCUCCGCUGGAAUCCAAGCUGUCUCACGUUGCCACGGAUUAUUUCGCUCUGGCAAUGAUAUAGCACUCGUAUUGGACGAUAAAGGAGAAGAGCUACUUGAUUUCGAUGGGCUCGACUCUGAUCAAAGGAAACAUCUUUACUGGUCACUGUGCAGUAUUCAUCGGGCAGGCGUCACUCAUGGAGAUUUUGAGCCCCGGAAUGUGGUCGUACAAGCUGAUCCUUGGCAAUCGUCGACUUUUCUCAUUCUUGGGAUCACCAAUGUCAAGGAGAAGAUGCUUGCCCAGAGCUAG